AUGGAGGUCGUCAAUAUUGAAGUCCAUAAUCUGAUUGGAGAUUGUAUGACAGCGGGGCGCAAGGUGUUCCGCGACUUCCUGCGCGGCGAGUACUCCGAGGAGAACAUAAUGUUCUGGCUGGCGUGCGAGGAGCUCAAGCGGGAGACCGACCCCGACGCCGUCGAGGAGAAGGCGAGGUUCAUCUACGAAGACUACAUCUCUAUCCUCUCACCGAAGGAGGUGUCGCUUGAUUCGCGCGUCCGCGAGAUAGUCAACCGCAAUAUGGUGGAGCCGACACCGCACACGUUCGACGAGGCGCAGCUGCAGAUCUACACGCUGAUGCACCGCGACUCGUACCCGCGGUUCGUCAACUCGCCGCUCUACAAGACGCUCGCGCGCAUCUCCAGCGACGCCAGCUCCCCGCCCGCCGCCGCCACCGCGCCCGCGCUCGACCCUGCGUCCGAGUCCGUGUCAGGGUCCGCGCCCGCGCCCGCGCCCGCACCCGCGCCGGAUCCCGAGCCCGCUGCCGGCCAGUGACCCCGGGCGCGCUGACGACCCGCGGGCCGUCGCGCCGCCUCGUUCCGCGACCGACGACAGGGACGUUCCUUUGAUGCCGUUCGUUUCGCGAUCGCGGGCCUCCCCGCACGUAUUUUCUAAUCUAAUCUGUAUAUAGUCUCGAUGAUAUACGUUGGUUAAACGGGUACUAAUUUUGUACAUAGUUAGCGUAAGUGUAAGUAGGUGCGCGAGCGGUCCGCCGCCGCGGCAACUUGGCUGGUCCACCGGCCUGCGGUGUCCGCUCGGCCGCUGCCCGGCCGUCGCGCGGUCGCCGCCCGGUCGCCGAACGGCCAUCGCCCGGC